AUGACAGAUGCUUCCCUGACGGGCUGGGGUGUGACCUUAGAUGGUCGUCCAGCUCAAGGGGAAUGGGAGGGUCAUCAGCUUGGUUGGCACAUCAAUUGCCUAGAGCUGACGGCUGUAUUUCUGGCCCUGAAAUGGUUUCUCCACCAACUGAGAAGCUGUCAUAAUGUCCUACACAGCUGUCCUACACAACACAGCGACAGUCUCAUAAACAAGUCACCAGGGAGGUCUUUGCUCACGAGCAAAUUUACUGUCCAGGCAGACAUUAUCGACUGGGGAAUGGAAAUCCCACUCAGACAUAGUGUCUCAGAUAUGGACCUGAUUUUACAGAGAGGAAGUGGACCUCUUGGCCUCUUUUCAGAUAACGCAAUGUCUCUUUUACUAUUCUCUAAGUCACCCAGCCCCCCUGGGUCUGGACGCAAUGGCGCACACAUGGCCGGACAAACACCUUUAUGCAUUUCCUCCAGUGGCGCUGAUCCCGAAGGUUCUAGCCAGAGAUCGCCAGCAAGGCUCUUGCCUCUUACUGAUAGCACCACGUUGGCCAAACAGAGUAUGGUUCUCAGGGAUAAUAUCUCUCCUCAACGGCUUGCCAUGGGCAAGUCUGGAGAGGAGGGGCCUUCUGUCUUUUAUGAUAAUGCAUCUCAGGCCCGACCUGUGGAAUCUCCAUGUUUGGCUCCUGAAGGGUACCAACUGAGGGACACAGAUUGCUACAUUUCUGGUUUUCUGCAGGAAAAGCUGUUAGCAGGCUUAUACCCAUCCACUCUCAGGGUUUAUGUGGCCGCUCUUUCGACUUGCCACGCUUUGGUGGACGGGGCGCCGCUCGGUAUUAAAGAUGACCAGGAGGAUCUGAAGCAUUUAAGGAUUGUUUUAAUUGGGAGGAAAGGUACUGGAAAGAGCGCAACAGGAAACACAAUACUGGGAAGAGAACAGUUUCAGAGGAAAUUUGGGUCAAAGUCAGCGACAACAGUUUGUGAGCAGGGAGUUGGUGAAGUUGAUGGUCGAUCAGUCGCUGUUGUUGAUACUCCAGAUCUGUUUGACACAAAAACAAAAAAAGAACAAGUAUUGAAGGAAAUCACGAAAUGUGUUUCACUUUCAUCACCUGGACCUCACGCCUUCAUCAUUGUGUUGAGUUUGGGAAGAUUGACCCAGGAAGACUCAGAGAAUCAGAUGAAGAAGGUCUUUGGUCCUAAAGUUACACAGUUCAGCAUUGUUCUGUUCACAAGAGGAGACGAUCUAAAGGGUAAAUCCAUAGAGGAUUAUGUGAGAGAAAGUAAAUCUGAAGAAUUGAAGAAACUGAUCAGAGACUGUGGAGACCGAUAUCUGGCCUUUAAUAACAGAGAAACACAAGACAGAACUCAAGUGAGUAAACUGAUAAAGAUGAUAGAAGAGAUGAAAACAACAAAUCACGGUCGAUAUUUCACUAACAGCAUGUUUGAAGAGGCAGAGAUGAGCAUUAAAAAGAGAAUGGAGGAAAUACUGAGAGUGAAAGAGAAAGCACAAAAAGAGGAAAUAUAUGCCAAAUAUGAGAUUGAAAUAGAAAACAUGAAGAAAGGAUUGGAGGAAGAGAAAAGAAAAGCAGAUGAGGAAAGAAUCAAAAUUGAAAAUAAAUUUAAGGAAAAAGAAGAAACUCUGAGAAAAGAAUUUGAGGAGAAAGAAAAAACUGAAGAGCAGAAACGAGAGAAAGAGAAACAGAAACGAUUGAAGGAGGAAAAUCAACAAAGAGCUGAAUAUCAUCAGAAGAUAGAAGAGAUGAAGAGAGAGAUUGAACAACAGAGAUCACAGUAUGAAAAAAGAGAGAAAGAGAGAGAAGAGGAGGAGAGAAAAAGAGAAGAGAAAUACAGACAAGAUCAAGAGAAGAUGAAACAUGAACAACUGCACAUUAUAGCAGAAUUACAAAAGAAACAAGAGGAGGAGAAUAUAAAGAGAGAUUUAGAUGAACAGAAGAGAAGUAAACAAGAAGAGAGAGAAAGAAAAGAAUGGGUGAGAAAAAUAAAAGAAGCUGAAAUUGACAGAAAAGAGACUCGAGAAGAAAUUAAACGACAACAAAGAGAAUGGGAGGAGGACAAGAAAAGACAGAUGAGAGAGAGAGAGGAAGACGAGAGAAAAAGAAGAGAGAGACAUGAAGAACAACUGAGAGAAAAACAAGAAGAACUGGAGAAAACCAGAAAGAAAUUUGAAAGAGAGAGAGAUGAAGAAAGACGACAGAGAGAAGAGGAGAGACAGAAACAGAGACAAGAGAGAGAACAGAAAGAGAGAGAAUAUGAAGAGAAGAAAAAUGAAAUUAUGAAACAUUAUGAGAAACUGGAUCGAGAGAGAAAAGAGGAAUGGGAAAGAAAAAGACGAGAAGAUGAUGAGAGAAGAGAAGAAGAGAGAAAGAGAUGGGAGAAAAGAAUUGAGGAUAUAAAAAGAGAAAAAGAAGAAGAGAUCAAAAGAAUAGAAAGAGAGAGAAAAGAAAGAGAACGGGAAGAGCGAGAAGAAAUGAAGCAGGAACAUGAACAGAGAAUAAAAGAGAUGAAGAAGAAACAUGAAGAUGAAGCCAGAAAACAUGCAGAAGAAUUGAAUGAAUUGAGAGAAAGAAAAGAGGAACAUAUUAAAGAACUUAAACAAAAACUGGAGGAGGAACAGAAACAACACAAAUUACUAGAAAAACGUCAUCAACACUUAAAAGAACAGAAAGGUGAAGAAAUAAAUCAGCUACAGAAAGAAAUUAAAGAGCUGAAAAAUAAAUCAUGGUGUGUCAUUAUGUGA